ACAACCCCCAGAUUGCCCAGCAUAUCCGGGACAACCUUUUCAAACGGCUGGAAGCUAGGACAUGACUUGCUUCCCAUCUUCGUAGCUUUUUCAUCGCUCUCCCCGCCUUUGAAGUAGCAGCAGAGGACAAAACUACCACCACAGCAACUCAUCGCGCUAUGUCUCCGGAAGCGCUAUCUCGCUUUUUCCUGUGUAUCGCCGUCAUUCUUUGCACGCUGUCCUCUGGCGAAGAGACCUCGCGCGCCGCGACGUCCGCGGGAACAGACGGCGGUUCCCAGUCAUCCUCUGACAAAGUCUUCCUCCGCUCGAUUACGGCGCUGACUUUCUCCGAGAACGGCCGCACAAGCUCCCGCUCCGGGCCUGGUCGCUCCGAGCUUGCAUGUGUCGGCGGUUCAGCGUCUGGCUUGUGGUUGUUCUCAAACUACUUUCCACAUCAAGUCCAAUGUAAAAACAUUGGAUGGGAUGGCGCAAGUAUCCAGUGGGCUUGCGAGGGACACCUCGAUGAUUACGUCGAGUUUGGUCCCGAUACACAAGUCAAAUGUCAGCCGUAUGACAGGGACAACGCUAGCGAUGGCUACGUCCUGAGAGACAGCUGCAGGCUUGAAUAUACCCUCAACUUUUCAACCUUUCAUGUCUCCUUCGUUCACGUUGUUUAUGGUUCUAUUCUCACCCUGGCGCUGCUGUGGUUCUAUUAUCAAACCAGGUUUUUCGUUCACAGAUUCUUCAAGCGACGCCAAGAAGAGAUAGACAAGAAGAACGCAGAAAAGGAGCACAACCCAUAACUUGACUACUUCGCUUUUCGCAGGGGUUCAAUACCAGUUCGAAAGAAGGUGAACAAUGUGAAGAAUGCUUGAUGUGGCCGCGGCCGUGUCCUUGCCACACCUCUGAAGACGGAGAAAGCCCGUCUACGAAGAUACUUCGCCGCGCCGUGGCACCGAUGUGUGCAUAGCAAAUAAUGUUCAAAGCUGGCUGUACGCUGGCUACUUGCGAAGGGCUAGCAAGUGAAGGCAUGGUUGGGUACCGUUUUAUCAUGUGGGAAUUGGAGAUGCUAGUGUCUGAGUGACACAUGUACUCAUGUGAGGACUUUCGUCUCAUAUGAGGUCACUUUUCAACUUAUUUUUUCUCGACUUGUGCUUGCUCGACAAAAAGGAAAAAGCUAUGCUCGCCACCGCAGUUGACUUCUGCGUUGCGGAAGAGUGGAGUUUUGUGAGAUCUGCACGUCUUUCCAGCCAUUUUUAGAAUGUCUAAAAGAGAAGCCUUUUUGACAAACCUCAGAACGUUAUGUGUUGAUAUCUUCGAAACCAAAACGCUUGUUUAAAAGGUCAACUUGGCGUAGCCGGAUGUUGGUUCUUAACCUUUCUGUGCAUUCACAACUGGUAUCCCAUUGUUUUGCAAGAUGUUAUUGCCGAGGGCA